UACUGGAUCAUUAAAUCCAAAUGGUAUCCAAUCUAUUACCGGUACAACACCAACAUCAUCAACAACAUCGGGUCUUUUACCUGGUUCAUUAAUGACAUCAUUAUCAUCAUCAAGUAAUGGAUUGAAUCCAUGUUCAACAAUUCCAUUACCACCACCAUCAAGUUGUACACCAAAUUCAACAACAAGUUCAUCCAGUUUACAAGCGACAAACAACAACAACAAUAACAAUGCCUCAAUCAAACAAGAAUCAAUCGGUGGAUCAUCCAUUCGAGAUAUUAGUGAUCGAAAAAUCAAUGAUGACAAUCGUCGUGAGGAUCAAAUUUCACCACACAAUGGUGAUACAUUAUCACCACGUGAAACAACAUUAGCGACAACAACAACAACAAAUAGCCUUCCUGAAAUUCGUAGUAUAAAACGUGAUAGACCAUCAUCUCGGUCAUCAUCAUCGAAUCGUUCAACACCAAGUGGCCAUCAUAAAACAACAACAUCGAAAAAUGAUCAUGGAGACAGCAAAUCGCCAACAUCAUUGAAUCAGAAAUCUGGAACACCAAAUCAUAAUCAUCAUAAUAAUAAUAAUAAUGGUACCGCAGCCAACAAUAACAACAGCAUUACGAAUGGUUCGAAAACACCGAAACCAACUACAUCGAUAGGACCACCAUAUCCAUAUUUACCUGGACCACCUGGAAUGAUGCCUUCGGAUAUUAGUAUGGCUGCUGCUGCCGCCGCUGCUGCCUAUUCACAAGGUUUAUUUAACAAUAAUUUUGGUGUUACUACUACUACUACAACAGGAUCAUUGAUAACAGGAUUUCCAAGAACUUUAUUACCUGGAACAGUAUUCGAUUCUUCUACACAUCCAUCAAUGAUGAAAGGACAACAAAUGCAACAACAAUCAUCUAUGCCAGGACAACCAAUACAACCACAAUCAUCAAUAUCUAGUGGUGGUAAACCAGCAUAUUCUUAUCAUGUCGAUGCUGAUGGCCAAUAUAAUCCAGUACCAUUUCCACCGGAUGCAUUAAUCGGUCAUGGUAUACCAAGACAUGCCCGCCAAAUGAAUACAUUACCACAUGGUGAAGUAGUAUGCGCCGUGACAAUAUCAAAUCCAACCAAAUAUAUUUUAACCGGUGGUAAAGGCUGUGUUAAAAUGUGGGAUAUUAUUAAUCAACAACAGAAUAGUAAAACACCAGUCGCUCAACUUGAUUGUUUGCAACGAGAAAAUUAUAUUCGAUCUUGUAAAUUAUUACCCGAUGGUCGUACAUUAAUUGUUGGUGGUGAAGCGACGACAAUUUGUAUUUGGGAUUUAAACCUGCCAACGCCAAAAAUCAAAGGAGAAUUAUCAUCAUCAGCACCGGCUUGUUAUGCAUUGGCCAUAUCACAGGAUUCAAAAUUCUGUUAUAGCUGUUGUUCGGAUGGUAAUAUUGCCGUAUGGGAUCUGCAUAAUCAAACUUUAGUCAGACAUUUCGAAGGCCAUACUGAUGGUGCUUCAUGUAUCGAUAUUAGUCCCGAUGGACAGAAAUUGAUUAGCGGUGGUCUAGAUAGUACCGUUCGUACAUGGGAUCUGCGUGAAAAUCGCCAAUUAAAUCAAUAUGAUUUCAAUUCACAAAUAUUUUCACUUGGUUAUUGUCCAACCGGUGAAUGGUUGGCUGUUGGAAUGGAAAGUUCAAAUGUUGAAGUAUUAAAUGUGAAUAAAGCGGAAAAAUAUCAACUACAUUUACAUGAAAGUUGUGUAUUAUCGUUGAAAUUUGCAAGCUGUGGAAAAUGGUUCGUAUCGACUGGCAAAGAUAAUUUGCUCAAUGCAUGGCGUACACCAUAUGGAGCUUCCAUAUUUCAGUCAAAAGAAUCAUCAUCAGUAUUGAGCUGUGACAUAUCUGCCGAUAAUAAAUACAUUGUAACUGGAUCAGGAGAUAAAAAAGCUUCCGUAUAUGAAGUAAUCUAUUGAUUUGUACAUCAUCAAUGUGUAAAAUUAAUUAAUCAAUCAACAACAACAGUAUUUCUUACAUGUUCCAUUCUUCAUGAUCAUCAAAAAUGAUUUUUAAUGUGUGCCAAUCGAUUGUAAAAUGAAAAGAUCAUAAAAAUUU